ACCAUGGAAAGGUCUACAGCUUCUGACAUGGCCUCGGAAAAGGCAAACCCUUCUUACCACAGUACAGGGGCUGUCCAAAUGAGGAUCAAAAGUGCCAACAGCCACCACGACAGACUGAGCCAAAGCAAAUCUAUGAUUCUGUCUGACAACGUGAAGGUUGCUGAACCUGUAAAUCGUCACAGAAGAAAUCAUUCCCAACAUAACUUAACACUUGCAGACAUCAUUAGUACGCAGGACCACACGGUAGUGGAGAAAGAAGGAUAUCUUCUGAAGGCUAAAAUAGCAGAUGGUGGCAAGAAAUUAAGGAAAAACUGGUCCACCUCUUGGAUUGUUCUUACUGCUCGGAAAAUGGAAUUCUACAAAGAAUCCAAACAGCCCGCGCUGGCCAAUCUGAAACCGGGAUAUAAACCUGAAUGUGUGGAUUUGCGUGGUGCUCGCAUCGAGUGGACCCCAGAGAAAUCCAGCAGAAAGAAUGUCUUUCAGAUCACCACGCUCUCUGGCAAUGAGUUCCUGCUGCAGUCGGAUAUCGACUUCCUCAUAUUGGAUUGGUUCCACGCUAUCAAAAAUGCAAUUGACAGAUUGUCCAAAGAACAGAGCUGUACCUCGAGAAAUUUGGAGUUCAAACUCAAAAGAUCCUCCAGCAUCGAACUGCUGAAUAGCUUAGACGCUGAAUCCAAAGAACCAAAGCCUGAGCACAGAAAGUCUUUAAUUUUCAGACUCAACUACAGUGCAUCCGAUACAAAUGACAGAAAUCGAGUUAAAAGCAGAUUAAAGAAGUUUAUCUCCCGAAGACCCUCCUUGAAAACACUGCAAGAAAAGGGACUUAUUAAAGAUCAAAUUUUUGGCUCCCAUUUGCACUUGGUAUGUGAGCAUGAAAAUUCUACAGUCCCAAAAUUUGUAAGACUUUGUAUAGAAGCUGUUGAAAGGAGAGGUCUAGAUGUUGAUGGAAUAUACAGAGUUAGCGGCAAUCUGGCAACAAUACAGAAGUUACGAUUUGUUGUCAAUCAGGAAGAGAAGCUGAAUUUGGACGACAGCCAGUGGGAGGACAUCCACGUUGUCACCGGAGCACUCAAGAUGUUUUUCAGAGAGCUGCCUGAGCCGCUGUUCCCAUACUGCUUCUUUGAACAGUUUGUGGAGGCGAUAAAAAUCCCAGACAACGCCAUUCGCAUUAAAUCCAUAAAGAAUCUCGUAAAAAAGCUCCCUAGACCAAACUACGAGACAAUGAAAAUCCUCUUUGAACAUCUAAAAAAGAUAGCAGCCAAGGAAUCCGUGAAUCUUAUGUCAACACAGAGCUUAGGAAUUGUGUUUGGACCAACACUCCUUAGACCUGAAAAGGAGACAGGGAACAUGGCAGUCCACAUGCUGUACCAAAAUCAGAUAGUUGAACUUAUGUUGAGCGAGUACAGCAAGAUCUUCGGCUCUGAGGAAGACUGACAGACAGGGCCUGUUAUUGAAAAYGUUCACAUCUGUCUUGAUGUCUAAUAUUUUUACAUUUCUGUAAACAUAUUUCUGAAAUAUUUCUUUUUCUUUCAAGUGACAGAUGCCUCGUUUUGUGAAAACUUAAUGAUGAUUUUGUGUUUAAUUUUCAAACAUUGGAAUAAAAAAUAUUGUCAACAUUUGCCUAUAUGUAUUCUG